UUCAUAAUGGGAACUCUCUUAAUGAAAUUUUCUUUUAUUCAGACUAAGCAGGUGUACCAUAUUAUAUGAGUUUACCAUAAACUGCUAUUUGAACAGAAAUAAUGACUUAGUUUAAAAUUCAAUCUUGUUAGAAUACUCUUCCAAGAUAAUUGUUUAAGCUUCCAAGAGGCAUGCUUUCUGGUAAGCUGGUAUCUGGGAACCCAAAUUUGCAUCUGAAAGUUUAUUUAUUCAGGAAGCCAAAUUAGCGUCAGAUGUAUUGUAUGACGGAAGAAUAUAUUAUCCACCUUCUGGAAGAGUUUGAUUUGAUCACUUACAGUAGAGCACAGCUAGCUAGUAAUCCGAACACCCAUGUUUUCCGGACUGAGUCAUCUUGCCUUUUGGCUUAUCUUUGCAAAGUGAUUUCUCAUCAUUCAGUUUGGAAGAUUUCAUGAAGACGAGAGUCCUUUCUUUAUUAACUCAGUGACACACCUUUCAUAUAAGACGAGUUUUAUUCACACUUCUUCAUUGCUCCAGUUGUUCUUUAGUAUUUCUGGAGUCUCCUUUUCUUUAUAUCUGUAAGCCUCCUCACUGGCAAUGGGGCAAGAGGAGUUAAAUAUACAAAUGGCUGAUCUCGUCCAUGAUGGUUGGACUUUUUUGACUGUUUCAGAAGAUAUAAAAUGAUAUACUCAUAUUUAGCAGUUUAUCAACUACUGUCUCUGUAAUGCUACAUUACUAAAAUAUAUCUAGCCAACUGGACAGUGCUUCCUAGAAAAAAAGGCAAGGUGAGAGGGAAAAGGUAAAGAGAGAGAAUACUUUUGUUCAUUUUUUCCUCACCCAGUAAAGCAUCGUCCCAUGUAUCUGACAAAUUGAAAGGCUGUCUUACUGAAGAAGUCAUUCGAUAGCCAGUUGUGUGUUACUGGAUGUCAGCAUCUUUCCCAUGCGCACAUGUGUUUGUAACCUCUGUGAUGUUUAAUUUGGAUAGGACCAUGGAACAUCCAUUGUUUGGAUAAUGCUGGGCUACAACAGGACCCAUUUCCAGCUUACCACCUUCCUACUGCUUGGCAUUCCAGGAUUGGAGGCUGCCCACAUAUGGAUUUCCAUUCCUUUCUGUCUGGUCUACCUGCUGUCACUGAUGGGAAAUGUUGCCCUUUUAUUGAUUGUCAAGACAGAUCACAAACUGCAUGAACCCAUGUACCUCUUUCUAUGCAUGCUUUCAGUUGCCGAUUUGAUGCUUACUUCUGCCACACUUCCCAAGAUACUCAGUCUCUUCUGGUUCAAUGACAGAGAGAUCUACUUUGAAGCCUGCCUUACUCAAAUGUAUUUUAUCCAUUCUCUAUCUACUAUGGAGUCUGGAUUUAUCUUGGCCAUGGCUUUUGACCGCUAUGUAGCCAUCUGCCACCCACUGAGACAUUCCGCUAUCUUAACACCUGCUGUCCUUAUAGGCUUGGGGUUGUUCAUCGUCUUCAGAGGCGCUGUUCUUCUCAGUCCACAUCCCUUCCUACUGAGGUGGCUUUCCUACUGCAAAACUAAUGUCAUCUCCCACACUUACUGCGAGUUUAUGGCCCUGAUAAAGCUGGUUUGCACUGAGACCAAGGUUCGUAGAGCCUACAGCCUCAUUGUGGCAUUCUUGACCGGGGGACUGGACUUCAUACUGAUCAUCUGUUCCUAUGUCCUUAUUCUUCUCACUGUUUUCAAUCUCCCAUCCAAAGCUGCCCGUCUCAAGACCUUAAGUACCUGUGUCUCCCAUGUAUGGGUCAUCUUGGUGUUUUAUACCCCAGCUUUUUUCUCUUUUCUCACGCAUAGGUUUGGUCACCACAUCGCUCCGCAUAUCCACAUUUUUAUAGCCAAUAUAUACCUUCUCAUUCCACCGAUGAUGAACCCUAUUAUUUAUGGUGUCAAAACCAAAAGAAUCAGGGAGAGAGUCUUUAAAUUUAUAACAAUGAAAGGUGCUUGACUUUGCAAGGCUUGUGAGGCCCCAGAUCAUCAACAAAGGUAAGGGUUUAUUUAACAGGGAAUGUUGAAGAUGAAUUAGAAUUACCUUGAAGUGGAAAACUUUUCAGCUCAGUCGUGGAAUCCUGUAGGUUAGA